AUGACGGAAGCUGGCAAAUCGGUUGCUGGCAGAGCUCGGACAGCAGUGAAAAUAGUAACCAAGAUUCUUCGGACUCGAGAGAAGGAGAGAGGCAACCAAGAAGCUCACCCGGAGAAAGAGGUGUUUGUUGAAAAGAUGCCACUGUUUGGAGAGCCCUACAAGACUACAAAAAGGGAUGAGUUGUCGCGUCAGAUACAGAACAUACUAGGAGACUACGAAGUUAUGAAGGAGUUAUGGAGAUCUAUGUCUUGUACUCAGUGUCCAAAUGGUUCUGAAGACAGCCGGGGGAAGCCGAAAUAUCCUUUAUUUCAUGACAGGGAGAGCCUUGCAUCCAACUCCUGUUGCACGCACAUCUACCACAAGCUUUUCUGUACUUCUUCUGCCCCUGGAUCACCUUUUGUUGGUAACAUUAGCCACAGUUCAAAGAUGGCACCACCAAGGAUGGAGCCAGUGCCAAGUCUCCAUGCCAAAAACUAUGGUCCACCCAACAAACAGCAUCUGACUCGAGAUCGCCUCAGUCAGGAGGGGCACUCUUCAAACCACAAAAAGUGUGACCGCAGAGCUGAUGGUGACUCAGCUCCGGUAAAAAAACUCUCACCCUUAAUCUCCCCUGUGUCCCAUUUGUCACCUGUACAUUCCAGACUGCAAAGAACCCGCAAGGUUUACAGCAGCAGUAGCACUAGCAAUAAAGGCUACUGUGCAGACACGUCUCCCAAGGACCUGAAAGUAAAGGUUCAAGAUAACGAGACUCCUCUUGACACUUCAGUGGUAAUUACCAGACUUGGGGUGGCCUCUUCUCAAACAUUUCCACCCCCUCCACUCCCCUCAGAAAGUGUCGCAAUGCGGCAGAAGCCCAUGACAUGUAUCUGGCCCACAGACGGUCAGAAUCAGGCUCCCAGUGAGCCCUUGGGCCUGAAGCCGCCACUGGAAGACAAUGGUCAGCAGAGCUUCGAAAAACUGGAUGUAAAAGUGCCAGCCAAAGCCAAACUCACCAGACUGAAGAUAUCUUCACAGUCGGAGUCGGUGGAGCAGUUGUUUUCCAAUGAAGUCCGCUGCAUUGAGGAGAUUCUGAAGGAAAUGACCCAUUCGUGGCUCCCUCCUCUGACAGCCAAGCAUACACCCAGUACGGCCAAGACCAAGCAUACACCCAGUACGGCCAAGUCAUCCAGAUCUCCUUUCCCUACAAAGGAGCCUCUGCCCAAUAGUUCUGCAACCCAAAGCCAAAAUCAAUACUAUCCACCUUCCAAAAUUUAUCCCAAUUCCCAGCAAGGAACAUCCAUACUCUGGGAGGACCUGCAGCUCAGUGACAGUGAAGAGAGCGACACAGAACAAGCUGCAGAGAAGCUUCCAUCCCUAUCUGCACCUCCAAGCGCUCCCCAGAUUCUCCCCAAGUUGGAUCCCAAUUCACAGCAAGGGACAUCCAUACUCUGGGAGGACCUGCAGCUCAGUGAUAGUGAAGAGAGCGACACAGAACAAGCUGCAGAGAAGCUUCCAUCCCUAUCUGCACCUCCAAGCGCUCCCCAGAUUCUCCCCAAGCCGGUGGUGUCAGCACAUUCCAGUAGUGCAAAGUCAGAAAAUAAGGGUGAAAACCGCAACACUGACCAGCUACACCCUGAGUCCAAAGGCUCUCCCUCCAAGAGUUCCAGCAAAGGCGUCCAAGAUCCCACUGAAGGGCCCCAACCUGAGGAGAGGAGCUGCCAGAAAUCCCUUGCCCAACAGGAGUCCCCACCUCAGCAAACUAUUGAAACCAAACAACCCAGAAAACCUGCCAAGGGCUCUGGCCAGGCAGAGCCCCGGGCCUGUUUGCAGGUGGAAAGUAAACCAGGACCUCUUCCUUCUGAAUCAAAAAAACAGACUUCCAAAGACAAACCCAAGAUGAAGGCAAAAGGCAGGGAGCCUAAGCCUGAAGCUCGCAUGCCCAACCAUCAGGCAGCCGAGCCCGCCCCUAAGGAGAAAAGGAAGCACAAGGGUUCCCCGGCUCCCUCCAAGGUGCCCUCAGGCCCUCAGCCUCCAAAGGACAAAGCUCAAAACAGGAACUCUUUCACGCCACCCCACAGUGGUAGGGGCUGCAGUGGUGGCAGCAGUGGCAGGCCUAGCCACUGCCAACAAACUGCAAGUGUCCGGGAAGACGGUCAAAAGAGAGACACCGAAUUGCUCUCACCACUCAGGGACUCUCCACUACCAACGAGUUUGGUAGUGAAGAUAAACCUAGAUCAUCUCACUCGGAUUCCCCAGCCCCUGGGGAAGGGUGGCAGCCCUAGGAAAGCAGAAGACAGGCAGCCGCCAGCAGAUAAGAAGCAAGACCCUGCAAAGAGAGACUGCAAUGGCUCCGGCAGACUGAGCAAGAAGAGAAAGGGCAGUGACUCAGAAAAGGACCGUGCCAGCAAGAAAAUCAGAAGGGAGAAAGAUGUCCAGUCACAUUGUACUUCUUCUUCCUCUUCCCACACUGAAUCUUCCAAAACAAAAACUUCCAAACCCUCCUCAGAGUCCUCAAGAGAAGAAAUGCCUUCUCUGCCACCUGUGUCUGCCUCUUCCUCCACCCAGAAGUCAACCAAAACUGCACGCAAGAAGCCAAAGCCAGAUGUAGACACCUGUGGUCAGGACCCUCCCAAAAGUGCAGGCAGCGCCAAUGCCAAUGACAAGGACUCUUCUGUUCCCAAGCACAGAAAAGUGCCGAAAGUGCAGGCCAGGGGCUCAGAAUACAAAGGGUCUUCUAGAGAAGCCACAAACGCAUUCCUAGUGCCUUCUUUGCCAAAGGGUAACUGUAAACCAGAGCAGCCACAAGUGAAACCUUACAUGCAGAAAGCUGACUUUUACAUGAAGGAAGCUAAAAGGUUGAAGUGUAAAGCAGCGGCAACGACGAACAAGAUCAAAAAAACCUUCAAGUAUUUGGAAGCUGUCCUGUCUUUAAUUGAGUGUGGGAUGGCCAUGGAGUCAGAAAGCUCAGUAAAGGCAGAGUACGCUGUCUACUCAGAAACUGCAGACCUCAUUAAGUUCACGAUGUCAUUAAAAUCCUUCUCGGAUGCCACGGUGCCAGCACAAGAAAAGAUAUUUGCCGUUUUAUGUCUACGUUGCCAGUCACUGGUGAACAUGGCAAUGUUUUGCUGUAAAAAGGACAUAGUAAUGAAGUAUUCUCACUCUCUUAGUGACCACUUCAACAAUUCUUCUCUAUGCACAGGUAUUCCGUCCUCCCUCUCCCCAGUGCCUUCUCCUGCCAGAUCUGUCAGGUCCCAGUCAAGUGCUGAUGGGAUGACGGCCACUGUCCGUGUCCCAGUCACCAUCCAGAACAAGACCUUUGCCUAUUUCACCAUCACAAACCACCUCCUUAAAGCCUUGGAACUCUGGGAACAGUCAGAGGCCCUUACAAAGAAGAAUAAAAAAUUCUUUGCUCAGCUCAGCACAAAGGUGCGUAUCUUGACCCUCAACAGCAGCCUGGUGGACCUGGUGAUCUAUACAAAGCAAGGUCUGCAGUGGCUGAAACAAACACUCAAAACUCCCUAA